GUUCUAUCCAACUAUAUAUCCUCUGCAUCAUUGAAGCAAUACUUGAAAAUCAUCAAAGCAGAGGAAAGAAACAUAAACAAAGGUGCAUUGCAAAUUAAUCACGGAGAUGGGUGGAAGAAAGUGGAGCAUCUUGGUGGCCAUCUUCAUCUUACUUCUUGCUAUGGAAGCUGUCAUUGCUCAAGGUCAAGGAAAUGGAAAUGGUAAUGGUAAUGGUAAUGGUAAUGGCAAGGAUAAGGAUAAGGAAGAGAAGGAGAGGGAGAAGAAGGAGAAAAAGGAAAAGGAAAAGGAGAAGAAGGAAAAAGAGAAAAAGGACAAAAAGCAACGUGAUGAAGCCACAAAUUAUGACAAGCUGUCAUCUCUGCCAACCGGCCAAGAAAGAGGGUUCUGCCGAACAAACACUACCUGUGAGUUUAAGACCAUCGUGUGUCCAUCCGAGUGCGCAUCCAGAAAGCCCAAGAAGAACAAGAAGCAGAAGGCAUGUUUCAUUGACUGCAGCAGCAGCACAUGUGAAGCCACUUGCAAGGUUAGAAAAGCCAACUGUGAUGGAUAUGGUGCUUUGUGUUAUGAUCCUCGUUUUGUUGGUGGCGAUGGUGUGAUGUUCUACUUCCAUGGUGCCAAAGGAGGAAACUUUGCCAUUGUUUCUGAUGAUGAGUUCCAAAUCAAUGCUCACUUCAUUGGUACUCGACCACAAGGAAGGACUCGUGACUACACAUGGGUGCAAGCACUUGCUGUCAUGUUUGACACACAUACUCUUGUCAUUGCAGCUAAUAGAGUGUCUCAUUGGGAUGACAAGGUUGACUCUCUCAUAGUAAAGUGGGAUGAUGAGCUAGUGAACAUUCCCACUGAUGGAGAGGCUGAAUGGAGGAUCAAUGGUGAUGAAAGAGAAGUGGUUGUGGAGAGAACUGAUGGUACCAACAGUGUGAGAGUGACAGUUUCAGGUUUGGUUGAGAUGGACAUUAGUGUGAAGCCAAUUGGAGAGCAAGAAAACAAGGUUCACAAUUACCAGUUGCCAUCAGAUGAUGCUUUUGCACAUUUGGAGACACAAUUCAAGUUUAAGAAAAGUACAGAUAAUUUUGAAGGAGUUUUGGGUCAAACUUACAGGCCAGGGUAUGUUAGCCCUGUCAAAAGAGGGGUUCCUAUGCCAAUGAUGGGUGGAGAGGACAAGUACCAGACUCUCUCUCUUUUCUCAACAUCAUGUAACCUAUGCAAGUUUCAUAGGCCAUCUGAGAUAGCAAGCAUUGAAGGACUAGUUGCUCAGUACUGAUAUCAUGCAUCAUGAAAAAUAAGACAUUCUUCGUGAUCUCAUUGUUGACAUCUUGCAAUUUGGUUUCUUUUUAUUGUAUCCAGACAAAUAAGGGCAUAAAAUAUUGCCCAUGAUCAACAUAUUGUAAAAUGUACUAGUGAUUAACGUGUAUUAAAGAAAUGGAGAAUAAUUUUUUUAGUCUUCCAA